AUGAUCAUCGAGGAAGACAGCCCACUCGCUACUCUCCCAAAUGGCUACGAUAAGACUGAGCCUAACGGCGUCGACGAGAAUACACCACACGAGUCUCAUGAAUCUUUAGGAGAGGAGCCCGCUGUUGACCCAGACAGUCUACCUCCUGCACACAAUCCGACUGUCGCGUUUCUGAUUCCCUUCCCUCAAGCCCUUCGUCCGCCGUCGAAGAAGAAUAAAAAGGUGCCUCCAUUCAUGAUGUAUGCGCCUCUCGCUGCCCCUUUGCCUCCGAAGGCUGAGGGUGAGAAAGAGGGCAUUACCACAAAGGCGGCACGAAGGUGGCAGAAGGAAGAAAAAGAGGCUCGAGAGAAAGGUACAGGAUUUAAGGCUAAAGCAGUAAAGCUCAUAUCUAAAGGUAUGUCUGCGACGAAGAAUAGCCGCAUAGAAUUUCUUGUGCGAACACCAAAUAAGAAGAAACUCAAGGAGCUGCGCUUUGUCUAUCCCGCAUCAUGGCCUGCGGACAAUGUCCAGCAAGAGUUUACUGAACAAGUUAAAUCUGCCAAGAAGGGUGCAAUCAUGAAUGGCGUGAUCGCAACGAGUCUAGCGCCGUUUGCGCUCGCUUUCGAUACUCUUACUUUCAUUCCCGGUCCGUUCGAGAUAACGGCCGUAUGGUCUGCAUCUUCCUGGACCGGUGCCGCUCGCGCGUCGGGGAUUGCGAAGCGUAUAACCUCCUCCGAAUUGCCUAUCUCCUUUUCACCAGAUCCUCAACUUGAAUUCCUUCGCUAUCGAUUGCACCAGCUCUGUUGGGAGGUCGCAAAGCGUGGUACGGUCAACACGGCCACCUGGAAUGAUACACAGACCAUAAAGCGUGGUCCGGAGCUUGCAUCAGUGGUGCUCGAAGUUGUCCGCGAGUUCGGGGAGGACAUGAACGACCUGGAGAUGAAUAAGUCGCUCAUUGCGAAAGAUCUGGAUCGAUGCAUGCGGAAGGCGGCAAAGGAGUGGGCCAAGGCCGCAACUUAG